AUGUCUACCCAGGUUGCCAAGACCCCCGCCGGCCUUGAGAAGAUCAAGGCCAAGAACCCCGUCGUCGAGAUGGACGGUGACGAGAUGACCCGCAUCAUCUGGGAGAAGAUCCGUAACGAGCUCAUUCUCCCCUACGUCGACGUCGACCUCAAGUACUACGACCUCGGCAUGGAGAACCGUGACGCCACCGACGACAAGGUUACCGUCGAGUCCGCUGAGGCCACCCUCAAGUACAAGGUUGCCGUCAAGUGCGCCACCAUCACCCCCGAUGAGGCUCGUGUUGAGGAGUUCAAGCUCAAGAAGAUGUGGAAGUCGCCCAACGGAACCAUCCGUAACAUCCUCGGAGGAACCGUCUUCCGUGAGCCCAUCAUCCUGAAGGACCUCCCCAAGCCCGUUCCCGGAUGGACCAAGCCCAUCAUCAUCGGCCGUCACGCUUUCGGUGACCAGUACCGCUCGACCGACAUGGUCGUCCCCGGUGCUGGAACCCUCACCCUCAAGUUCCAGCCCGAGAACGGAGGUGAGCCCAUUGAGCUCAACGUCUUCGACUUCAAGGGCAAGGGUGUCGCCAUGUCGAUGUACAACACCGAUGAGUCGAUUGAGGGCUUCGCCCACGCCUCGUUCAAGAUGGCCAUUGAGAAGAAGAUGCCCCUCUACAUGUCCACCAAGAACACCAUCCUUAAGGCCUACGACGGUCGCUUCAAGGACAUCUUCGCCGAGAUCUACGAGAAGGACUACAAGCAGACCUUCGAGAAGCUCGGCAUCUGGUACGAGCACCGUCUCAUUGACGACAUGGUCGCUCAGGCCAUCAAGUCUGACGGUGGCUUCGUCUGGGCGUGCAAGAACUACGACGGUGACGUUAUGUCUGACGUUCUCGCCCAGGGCUUCGGCUCGCUUGGUAUGAUGACCUCUGAGCUCAUCACCCCCGACGGAGGCAUCCUCGAGGCCGAGGCCGCCCACGGCACCGUCACCCGCCACUACCGCCAGCACCAGAAGGGUGAGGAGACCUCGACCAACCCGGUCGCCUCCAUCUUCGCCUGGACCCGUGGUCUUGCCUUCCGUGCCAAGCUCGACAACACCCCCGAGCUCGCCGCCUUCGCCAAGGACCUUGAGGACGCCUGUGUUGAGGUCAUCAACGGUGGUGUCAUGACUAAGGACCUCGCCCUCGCCAUGAAGGGCAAGGCCAUGAAGCGCGAGGACUGGGUCACGACCACUGUCUACAUGGACAAAGGUCAACGAGCUCCUCCAGAAGAAGCUCCUCGCUCGCGCCCCCAAGUCCAAGGUCUAAGCGGCUUCGGACAUGGCGAUAAAACUCUAAUCACUCAUCAUGACUCUCCCCUCAUCAUCUCAUCUACCUACCCUCCCAUCUAUACUUUCUCCUCUUAA